AUGGACAAAUUACAGCAAUUCAAGAGAAAAAAGAAGAAAGAGAUUAAAGCAUUAACUGCAACAUCAAAUUACAUGAAGGGAUUCCACAUUGAAAACCAGUACAUGUCGCUCACAUCCUUGGUGGAAGCAAUGUAUCCGCCAAACAGAUGCUCUUUAUGCGAUGGCAUUUUUGCGUCAAGAAUUGAAUCAAAUAAGCAUUUCAAGGAAAAGCAUAAAAACUGCAAAUCAAGAUAUAUCUGUAUGCAUCCGUAUUGCGACUAUAGAUCUGUAACGCGAGGUGCUCUGCGUGUUCAUAUUUCGCAUGCCCAUGUAUUGAUUCAAUCUGAUAAACCAUUGCCUGAUUCAUUCCAGCAAGAAGAGCUCCUCUUUUCAGCGGCAACGACAACGACAACGCCAUCGCCCACCAUGUCAAGAAUGAGCUUAGAGCCAAUGUCAAUGCCUGGUUCGCCUCCACCUCUACUUCAUCCUCCUCCCCCACCACCACCCGUACCACAAUUAGCACCACCGCCCGUCCCGUCGCUCUCCAUCAUGUCAGAGCCCGCCAUUGUCAUCAAGAAUGAAUACAAAUCGUCCAAAAUGCUGCAGUCUUUGUCAUCGUCCUCCUCCUGCAAUUCCUCCAAAUCUUCCUCGCCUCCAAAUAAUAUGACAGGUAGCAACAACCAUAAGAAACUCAUGAUGGCGAGACAGCCCACAGUCUAUGCUGUCAAAAAGCAGCCCAAAUCGACAUUUAUAGACAAUUUGACACCAUCACCACCACCCUCACCCUUUUCCAUGUAUCACCCCAAGAAGGACUCACACAGCAAGAAAGCCAUCUUGUCCAAGAAGGCAGAGGCCUUUUUGAAUAGCAUUUAUCCCCCAUUACAAUGUCCAAGUUGUAAACAAAAUUUUCCUAGAAAAACUAAUGUGAUUAAGCAUUUGACAGAUGCUCAUGUCGGCCAAGAGCCGUAUCGUUGCAUUUAUCCCAAAUGUAACCACCCAAAAUUAUACACAACCCGUGAAGGUCUCAUUUAUCAUAUUGUUCGUGUCCAUGAUGUACAAUAA